CGAGUAGUAUAUAAUUAACGGCCUAGGAAAAUGUCACUUCAUUCGCUUGCAGCGUGCUCACCAACAUCUGCGGAAUGAGGUUCUUGGUCGCCUUCGUUGGCCUGUUGUGUGUGGCGAGAGCAGCAUUAUCCUUCCAUCUUCCUGCUGCCCAAUCCCCACUCUCCCUUGGCCUUCUUGCUGGGGAUGUGGCUGUUGACCGGGGAAUCUCUCCACGCCUUAUGGCCACUGAUGAUGAUGGUGAUUCACGUAUGAUGAGGGACGCCUCUGCUUCUGAUUCAGCUUCAUCUUCUGAAGAGUCUGAUGAUUCUAGUAAUUCUUCUUCACGCAUGAUGAGGGACGACUCUACUUCUGAUUCUUCUAAUGAUUCACGAAUGAUGAGGGACGCCUCUACUUCUGAUUCUGCUUCAUCUUCUAAUGAGUCUGAUGAUUCUAGUAAUUCUGGUUCUUACUCACGUAUGAUGAGGGAUGACUCUGAUUCUGAUUCUGAUUCUGGUUCUAGUGUUUCUAAUGAUUCACGCAUGAUGAAGGAUGCUUCUGCUUCUGAUUCUGCUUCAUCUUCUAAUGAGUCUGAUGAUUCUAGUAAUUCUGGUUCUAACUCACGUAUGAUGAGGGAUGACUCUGAUUCUGAUUCUGAUUCUAGUGUUUCUAAUGAUUCACGCAUGAUGAGGGACGCCUCUGAUUCUGAUUCUGCUUCAUCUUCUAAUGAGUCUGAUGAUUCUAGUAAUUCUGGUUCUAACUCACGUAUGAUGAGGGAUGACUCUGAUUCCGAUUCUAAUUCUAGUGGUUCUAAUGAUUCACGCAUGAUGAGGGACGCCUCUGCUUCUGAUUCUGCUUCAUCUUCUAAUGAGUCUGAUGAUUCUAGUAAUUCUGGUUCUUACUCACGCAUGAUGAGGGAUGACUCUGAUUCUGAUUCUGAUUCUAGUGUUUCUAAUGAUUCACGCAUGAUGAGGGACACCUCUGAUUCUGCUUCUGAUGAUUCAACUUCUGAUGAUUCUAGUAACUGAUGAUGGUUAUGAUGACUCAUGCAUGACGAGAGCCGACCCAGAUUCAAAUGUGGACAAUGAUUCUGAGGAAGAUGAUUUUAAAUCUAAUGAGUCUGAACCUGAAGAUGAUGAUAAGUGAGGAGAAUAAGUAAGAGUGACAUUUCUAAUUCAAGAGAAACAGUGAUCCCUGUAACCGAGGAGAACCACUGAUCCCUUUAAAGAGAACCAAUAAUCUCUAUGACUCAAGAGAAGAAAAAUAUCCCUCCGAUUCAAGAAAACUAAGGAUGCGUCCAGUAGAGAAUUAAUGAUCCCUGUAAUUCAGAAGAACCAAAGUUGCCUCCAAAUCAAGAGAAACAGUUACAGCGACAUUGAGAAUGACAGCGAGCACUGAUACCUACGAUACCACUGAUGCCUUCUCAUUUGCAAUCAUACAUGUAAACAUGAAAGAUAAAUAAAGUAUUUAUUGGCUAA